CCAGGUGCCGGCUGAUAGAGGGCACCAGGCACAGCAACUGCGCCGCCAUCGCCCGCCCUCGACGCCCGAGGCCCGGCCCCGUCCCGCAGCAGCGCGGGGGGGGCCCGGAAGGCGGCGCGGGGCGCGGAAUGGCGGCGGCGGCAGCGCUGCGGAUCAGCGCCCUGGGCCUGGCCUCGCUGCGGGGUGCCCGUGGCUACCGAGCGGCUCAGUGCACCGAGCUGGCCAAGCCCCUGAUCCUACAGGACCUUCCGGCCCCCCCGCUGCAGCCCCACCAGGUCCGUGUGGGUGUCCAGUACUGCGGGUUAAAUUUUGCUGAUAUCUUGGCCUGCCAGGGUCUGUACCAGGACAGACACACUCCUCCCUUCACCCCUGGGAUGGAGUUUUCGGGGACUGUAAUGGAGACUGGAGAAAACGUUAGUGCCGUGAAGGAGGGAUACAGAGUAAUCGGUGUGACUGGCACUAAAGCUAUGGCAGCGGAGUGUGUCGUUGAUGAGAAGAUGCUGUGGCAGAUCCCUGACAGUGUCUCCCACGAGGACGCAGCGGUGCUGCCCAUCGCCUAUGGCACUGCCUGGCUGGCUCUGUGCCGCCGGGCACGGCUGCAGCCAGGGGAGACAGUGCUGGUGACGGCAGGAGCUGGGGCCACUGGGCUUGCCAUCAUUGAUCUGGCUGCCAACGUGUUCCAGGCAAAGGUGAUAGCAGCAGCUGGCAGCGACCCCAAAUGCGAGUUGGCCGUGACAAGAGGUGCAAGCCAUGGGGUAAACUACAGCCGGGGCAGCCUGAGAGAGGAGGUGAAGGCACUCACAGGCGGCAGAGGGGUCGAUGUGGCCAUCGAGGCUGUCGGCGGUGACGUCUUCAAGGCAGCUCUGCAAAGUUUGGCUUGGGAGGGCAGGAUUGUGGUGAUGGGCUUUGCCGGAGGAAAAAUCCCCUCGAUUCCUGCCAACCUGCUGCUUCUGAAGAACGUGUCUGCCAUGGGAGUGUACUGCAGUCGGUACCAGCAGGAGGAUUUUCCCCUUUUUUCCUCUGCCAUCUCCUCUGUUCUUCAGUAUUGCCAGGAGGGAAAGAUCCAUCCCCACAUUGGAGCGGUCUUCAAGCUGGAAGAGGUAAAUGAAGCCUUCAACCAUGUGCUCCAGCGCAAGUCCACAGGCAAGGUCAUCAUCUCCAUGAAGUAAGAGGACUGUUUCCCCAGACUCAGCCUCCUGCUCUUCCCCUGCCCUGAAGAGGAGACUCCAAGCUCUGAACCCAGCAGUGGACAAGCCACAUGAGGCAGGGACAUGAGUUACAGUGGCUUUGCAAGUUGCUGCAUGCCAGCAGAACAGGGGUGGCUGCUGUUGUGUGCAUGCUUUUAGCUGUCCCCUUUCUUUGCUUUGCUACCACCUGGAAAGGCUCCUGCCAAGGCUCAGAGCUCUGCAGCCCAAGCAAAUUGGACAACUUCUGCAGCCACUGCUCAGUUACGCAGCCAGUGCUUUGCUCUACACCUUUCAUACAGCCCAGGAACACCAUGGCACUGUCAGGGAUUUCUUACGUGAUUGUGUGUGCGUGCAAUAUAGCAAAUCUCAGUAUCAAGCUUACCUCACAGAUGUCAAAGUUACUACUCCUGCAGCAACAGGACAAGGCCGCCUGGCCUCCCAAAAUCUUCAAUAAAUCUACACAGCACUCAAAAUCUGACCCGAUAAUGUUUCUUGGGGCAAAGAGUCAUGUGUAUAGCCUAGGCAUAAACUGAGUUCUUACACACCUUGCCCAUCAGUAGGCUAUGGAGCACUUAUCCCUUACUGACCACAGCCUUAUGUCCUCUGUUAGCUGUGGUUGUUGGUUAUGGGAGAAGGAAAGUAGGUCAGUUACAGCCUUUUUUUUCUUAAAAAAAAUAUAGUUGGAACUGGACAAAAAGCAAAUGUGACUAACAGGGCUCCUGCUGAUGGUUAUUUGGGAGCCACAGGGAUAAGACACAAGAGCAGUGCCCAGCCAGGCAUCUGAUGAUCAUCCUGCUGAAAUGGCUGGGUCUAAAGGGAAGAACAAAGUGAGGAUGACAUGGGUGGAGGGAUGAAGGUAGGCAUGUGUGUUCUGAACAGGGAAUGAAGCCAGUGACCUGUCCUGCAGUGACCAGCCAGGAAGGGUGACUGCUCCGCUGCCCACCCACCCCAUUGCCUCCUACGCUCCCAGGCUGUUGUGCCUGUGGAAGGAGCGUGCUUCUUGACCUGGUGUUGCUUCAGCUUGGUCCUGGGAGGGCGAUCACAGGUGGGGUUACCUUCAUACACAUUGCUGCAAACAAAAGGAGCCCAAAGCUCCAGUAACGAGCAGGUUACACUCUUCGAGGCUUAACGAGAGAGACCUAAGCUGUAAUGGACUGCAGAGACACAAUAGCUGAGCCAUUUGAUCUGCCAACACUUAACUUUGUCUGUGCUGCGCCCUGCUGUUCCAGCUCCUAGCAUUGUAUAGACUCUGGCUCUGCAAGCUGCUUCAGCAUCGCCUCCAAUUACAAAGUGCUUCCUCUGCUGCAAUAGCCCUCCUGGCUUUCUUAGUGCACCUCUGCUGCGGCAGCAGCUCCAGCCCUGCUUCGCUCCCAUCUUCUCUGCUGUGCCUCAGACCCUGGAGGAAGUUAUUUAACUCCCAUCCAUCCUUUAAAAGCCUUGCAAAUCCAUCAUGGUAUGCACAGCUUCUCCUUUCAGGAGAAAAGUGGUGUUUUUUUUAGCUUAUUCCACCGGUAAUAGCAGAAAAUGGUCUAUUGCAGGGAAGAAUUCAUCCAAAUAAGCUGUGAGCCAUAGCUGUGCUGUAGAUAAUGCCUGGUUCAUUUCAGUACCCUGGAAGCACUUGAUGAGCACACACUCUUGGGGUAUCAUUGUGUUUUAGGUAAAUGGGCCGUCUAAAAGAAAAUCUCAGGUUUCAAAGACUGCUGAACAGUAGCUUCAUUACGUAUGUUCAAGCUGCCUUCUGAAAGUUACCAAUAAUAUUUACAAGUAGUGUCCAGCAAUGGAGGAACAAGACCCUUGCCCUGUUGCACUCAGCCACAUGUAAGGGCUUCAAGCCCUAUGCUGCACCCAGGUCAGCAUGGCUAUUAGCCUUUAAUUACCAUCAUUCCAUCAAUUUGCUUAGCUAAAAUAAUAUCUUUGGUUUCUUCAGGGCACACCACAGCAGUUCCUCAGCUUAGUUACAUGGAAAAAUCUAAACAACCUGAUUUCAAGAAUAGUUAGUAUUUUUGAAAUUACUUCUAUUACAAGAAGCCCUGAAGAAGGUCACAGGAGUCCCUUGCAGCUAACUCUAAGUAGUGCUUACCUCUGCCAUGCCUCAUCUUCAGAUCCAGCCACCCAAGGAGAAAGGUCUGCAGGCACUCAGAGACCCCACACCUUACCUCUUCAGUAACAGAGAAGCCUUUAAAGACCUAUUGCUGCCUGCUUACAAAGAAUUAUUUUAGCUAAAGCAAUAAAAACCUUAUUUCAUGCCUUUGAAGCAUUUUUCAGGCUUUAACAACCACUUCUGAGCCUAAUGCACAGCUUCUGCAACUGUUUGCUGCUAGCACUGACUUCAGCAGUCACUACUAGAGCACCAGCCCAUCCUUUCCCACUCUGUGUAUGAACCCUAGCAGCCCUCUGUGCACCUUAUAAAGGUUAAUGGCCAUGAUGGGCCUCCCUGACUGUCCCCACCUGUGGGGUUGGGGUCCUAUGUAAGCUCUGCUCAGGGGCUCCUGCCCUGCCCUGCCCUGUAUGACCAUGUGCCUCCAGCUCAGCCCUUACCUGGUGGCACCAUGAAGUGAAGCUGCAGCUCCCAGGUGCUGUGAGAAUGUUGGACAUCACACCAGCCUUCACCCAGCUGCUCUGAGAUGGGUCUACAGGUCUCAGCAAGCCAGUCAGGGUGUUGGUGGUUGUCUGGUGGCUUUGGCUGGAUGCUUGGCUAUGUCCUUCCCCUGAAUAAACACUUACUGUCAUUGUGGUGGGGCAGCAGAACAGCUUGGGAGAGGAGUGUGCUGUGGGCCGGGGUAUAUUGCAUCCCCGCUAGCUGGAGCUAAGCGAGGGGGAAACAACUGUGACUACCCACAGGGUGUUGCCUUUCUCAGGAGCCAGGAAGGAUUUCUUCAGCUCUUCAAAGUGGCUGGAGUUGUACCACUUGAAAUCAGCAGAAAUUGGAGUGGAAUAUCAGCGGAGCACAGCUUUCAAAACCUCAUUUUCUUUUUCCUUUCAAGCUGACAAUAAGAUUUUAAGAAAAACUUUGAAUAAUGGAUACACUCUUGAAUAAUGGAUGCUUCGCAGCUAAAGUCCCUUGCCUUCCUUCUCCGUGCCUGAAUGAGAAGCCUUUUAAUUGCCGAACACGUGGAGAGGAGGUACAAAGCGCUCCGUCCCCCGCGCCGCUGAUUAACCGAUGUGUACACGCACAUUAAAGAUUCAGAGGUGGGGAAGCAGCUCCCAGCCCCAAGCUGUAUGCUGUGCACGGUGUUUUUUAUCAGCCAAGGAUCUGGCACGAGAUGUUUUGCAUCUUUUCGUGUCUCCCCGUCAUGGCUGCUUGUAGUCCUCUGUUCUCCAGGGUCGGAUUCUUCCCGUGUCCGUGGAGGAGCUCCUUUGGGGGUCAGCGUGUGCUUCGUGUGCCCCAUCCUCAGCCUCUCCCUACCUGGUGCGGUGCCCAGGUGGCUUCAGCUGCGUGAAACCCUGCCGUGUUAGUGCUCAGCCAGUUCCUCCGUCUGCCCAGAAACUCUGCUGGUUGGGAACGCUUAACCUUAGACCACAGAAAUACCCCUGGAGGUGCCUUGGGGUGAAGUGGAGGGUACCUGGGGCUCCCUUGUGUCAGGUGUUUCUCUUCCACGUCGAGGUUUUCAGUGACCCUUGCUCCCACGGACCGCAGGAAGCCGCUGGCGAGGUUUCUGCCUUCAAACACCUCAUUCCCUGUCAAUUCUGCAGCUUCUUGCCUCGGAGGACAGCUGCAAUUUAGUUUUAUUUCGCGAAAUUUGACAUGACUUGAGCCUGUGAUUUACUGGCCUUGAAGGAUAUGGUGUAUGUAACCGUGGAGGGCAUAAGUGGCUUUUCAUGGUAGAGGAGUCAUAAAUUGAGAUGAAAAAAAAUGAGGGAAGCAUUACUGUCCAACUUUACAAGGUAGCACUGAGAACAGGACACACCGAAGCCAUCUGUAACUGUCAGGGGUCUUUAUUGUCCCUGAUUGUGUGUAAUAAAGCUCUGGAACGAGCCCCAUGGUCUCCGGUACAGAGGCAACCAACACUCGAGCACCGGAGGAGACACAAGAUGGCAAUCUUUCCAAAAGGACGCUCUGGAACGUGGUGGGGCUGAGUAUCUCUGAGCUAUCGGCUUUCCUCGGGAGUUGCUGCUGCUUCAGUAUUUGUUUGUCCUCCGAAUAUUUCCAGGCCUAUUUGCAGGUGAUCUCUGUAAGGCAGUGAACAGGGAGACAAACACCAAUUUUCUGACGUAGAAAACAUGAGGGAGCUGUGCAGAAAGACAAGGGGACCCGAGUACUGACCCCUCCUCGGUGUGGUGGGGUUUGGCUGCUGUGUCCCCGUUACCCCGUGGACACCCUGCUGGGAUGCUCGGUGGCACGGCCUCGGUUCAGGGCUGGGAGAUGGACGUGGCAUUCACAGCCAGGAGCUGCAGGUCCUGCUGCGGCAGGGAUGGAGGAAGGGGAAGGCUUUGAAUUUUUUGGGGCGUUUCUUCGUAAUGGCAGGCUGGCAUUGCACACAUGGUGCGGCGCAUUGCACAGGCACGCUUUGAUUUCUGCAGAUAAGAGCUUUUUGCACGUCUGCUUUUUCUCUGAGUACAACACUGGGUGUAAACUGCUGUUUCUUAAUUUGCUUUAUGCUGAACACUACCGGAAUGCAAUUAAUAUUCAUACCCUGAAGUCACAAAAAAAAAUUAAUAGGCAUAUUUUGGUGCUGCUAAAUGUGUGUUUGUAGGAAUGGUGAAGUUCCUCAAGCCUGGGGACAGACUUGCAAGGGCUGAAGCAGACAGAAGGAUUUUGGGAAGUGCUGUGCUGUGGAUCAGAUCCACACGAUGGAGCUAACACAGCAGCUCUCAUCUCUGCUGCUUCAGGAGCCGCCACCUUCCCCACCCUGGAAAGGCCAAAAUGCCCCUGCGAGACCCAGACAGAGCGGGGCUCCCACCUGGCAGGAGUGCUCAGGCUAAUUAAUGAGCUGCCACUGAGGCUGAUUGAGGCUGAGGGCUCUGCCAAUACUUGGCAGGCUCCUGGGGGGGUUUGGUGGUCUCAGUCUUCAUGUGAUGUGAGAUGCUGGUGGGUGUCCCGAGUGCUGGUGUCUUUACUUUGAAGAACCUGCAGAUCAGUCCCCCUGUUUCUGUAGCCCGUUUGCUGCUCACAUUCCUGCCCCACAGAUGGGACGAGGCUUUUUGGUGUUCCCUCCGGAUGCCACCAGCCCUCGCAAACCUGCUGUGCCGGGGCGUGAUGCUCCCACAGCCCCGCCGGCAGACAGCCUGCGUCACCUCCGGGGGGCUGCAGCUCAGAGGUGGGCAACACUUCCUACUCAUGCCAUUUACAAUAAUGAUCUCAUCUUGGAGAUGAUUAGAAACAACAUAAAACCGCUAAAAAUAGCUUCAGGUGCUGCGGCCACCUCGGUUUCUCCUUUGGUUGCAAGGACUUCUGCUCAGGCUUUGCUGAUUUUUCCCCAGCUGGGCUCGGUGCCCCAGCCCGGGCUGGCUGCAGGCGAUGUGAUGCACACCCCAGGGCAUGGAGAAAAAUGUUUUCCACCUAAUCUUGUUACUGUGACAACAGCAGGGAAACCUUUUAAAGUGAAAAAUAUGAUUUUUUAAAGAGAUAGCUGUGCCCCUUCAACUUCGUGUAACAAAUGCCAUCUAUAGUGCCUACUGCCCGUCUUGCAGUGGACUUGUGUGCUUGGUGGCAGUCCUGUGGCACAGCUCUGGGGUUCCCAGGACAUCUCUGGAUCUUUCUCAAAUAGAAAUGUAUUGGCUAGGAGAGAUGCAGUUCAAGGGCUACUUUUUUUUUUCUUUUUUCUUUUUUUUUCUCUUUUUCUCCCUCUUUCCAGCCUACCUGCUCCUUUUGUCUGCAUCUCUUCCUUUCACUUCUCAUUUCCCAGCUCCUUCCCCUGGCUCUCCUCUUCUAACACACUUUUCUGCUUGCUUUUCCUGAGAAAUUGGCGUUCCCCAGCUGUCCAUUUUAAGCUGCUGUUGCUCACAGCUUCAUGUUGCUGGCAGUGGUUCUUCCACCUCCUUCCCCAGCGCAGAGCCGGGCAGCAUUUCCCACAUCCCAAACCCCGGCAGCACCAGCCACUGCUGCUUUUGUGCAGGUCGAGCAUCUUCCCUGCAGCCCAGACCCCGAGGUCUUGCAGGCAGCAGCAGCCUAAGAAACCACAGGUGCUCCAAGUGUCGCUGCUUGCCCCUCAGGAGUCCCACAUAUAAAUCCUCAUGGUUGCAAGAAAAUGGGCUGGAAGCAGCCAGUAGUCACCUCUUGGCCAGAAACCUGGAAUUAUUAGCCAGUGGAGAGAGGAGGGGGAGAAAUCUAUGUGUGUGCAUGCUAAAAUAUAUAUUAAAUAUAUUAAAGCAGCAUCCUUGUGUUCUCUUAGGCUCCUUUCUUGCUGUCCCAGGAGGGCUGCCCUUUCCAUAUCAGGCAUUUUGCUUUGCU